AUGGGCCGUCGCAUACCGUUUCUCCUGAUAGUUUUUCAGGCUGUGGCAACUGUGUUGACCGACGAUUUGCUACAUUAUAUAACUGAUAAAAGCUUCGACACUGCGCUUCGUGAAUGUGCCCAAUACUUCCUGAUUUCGAACGAGACCCUUGCAAGAUACUACCAACAACGUUUCCCGUGUGUAGACGAAGUCAAACAGCUGGUGCGAUGUACAAUGAUUAAUUUGAACGCCUAUGACGAUAAUACUGGACCCCUGGAAAACGUCCUUGGGAAUUUCUUCAAACCUCAUGUAUGGGAUACUAAACAUACCGAAAGGACCAAAAAUUGUGUAGCAAGAGCCUUGAAUCGCACGAGCCCUAGCGAUGUUUUUCAACGAGCUUACGAUACCUUCAUAUGUUACUACCAUCAACUAGGCACCUUAGUUUCUGAUGACCAACUCGUCCCAUGUACGCCAUUGGAAUUUAAACAGGUGAUGACGUUUGUUGAAAGCGCUCUAAAUAUGCCUGCUGAAGUACUGCUGCAGUACAGUCAAGGCAACGUGUUGAACGAGCCGAGCUACCCCAAUGCGUUGUAUAUUUUUGCCGUGCGAGCUGGCUACUACUCGGUCAGUGAUGGAAUUCAACUCGGUAAUCUGUACACUCAGUUUGGUGUGCCGGAAAUUUCAAUGACUUUGCGUCAUCGAAGAUGCGCAAAUUCAUAA